AACCGAUAGAUUCCACUCUCCGUUUCCAUCAUGGCGGGUCAUUUCUCAGAAUUUGGCUUACUGCCUGAGAUAUGCAAAGCUGUUGAUGAAAUGGAUUGGCUCCUGCCCACUGACGUCCAGGCAGAAGCUAUUCCCCUCAUUCUGGGAGGUGGUGAUGUUCUUAUGGCUGCAGAAACAGGGAGUGGAAAAACAGGAGCUUUCUGUUUGCCCAUCAUUCAAAUUGUCCAUGAGAAUGUCAGGGAUGCCAUGGCAGGAAAAACACCAAAAGCUUCCCCACAAGGAGAUGGAGGUUCAACAGGAUUUAAAAUGAAUCCAUUUGACAGAGAUGAAAGCUUCGCAAUUAGUCAGGAUGGAUUACUAUGUCAGAGCCGAGAGAUGUACAAAUGGCAGGGCUGCAGGUCAACAUUAGGUGUCAAAAAAGGAAAGUACUACUACGAGGCAACUGUCACUGAUGAAGGUUUGUGCCGUGUUGGUUGGUCAACUUCUCAAGCCACCUUUGAUUUAGGGACUGAUAGAGAUGGCUUUGGUUUUGGGGGAACUGGUAAGAAAUCCUAUGGAAGACAAUUUGAUUCAUAUGGAGAGGCAUUUGGUAUAAACGAUGUGAUUGGAUGCUUCAUUGACCUGCAAGAUGACUACACCAUCAAGUUUAGCAAAAAUGGAGUUGACUUUGGAGUUGCAUUUGAAAUCCCAGAUGAAAUGGAUGGAAAAACAUUCUUUACUGCUGUUGUAUUAAAGAAUGCAGAAAUGAGCUUCAAUUUUGGUGACAAACCGUUCAAAUAUCCACCAAAGGGACAGUACUUGGCUUUGUCCAAAGCACCAAAGAAUGCAACAGCAACGUCAAAUAUUGCAACAGGAGGUGCUGCCCAGAGCAAGCCAGGCAAAUUCUCCAACAAAUGUGCACCCUCGGCCAUUAUCAUAGAGCCAUCAAGAGAAUUAGCACAACAGACCCACCAUCAAAUCCAGUUGUUUGCAAAACAGCUUCCUGAUCCAAAAAUCAAGUCAGUGUUAUUGGUUGGUGGAGAGAAUACAAAAGACCAAAUCAGAGCCAUAAAUGAUGGGGUUGAUAUCAUCACUGGUACACCUGGUAAACUGGGAGACUUCAUACAAACAGACAAGAUAAGUUUACAUCAGGUUAACUUCUUCAUUCUGGAUGAAGCGGAUGGUUUACUUGCCCAAGGGAACAAUGAUCUAAUUAUGAAAAUCUACAGCAAGAUACCAAAGACAGGACCAACAGGCAAACGAUUACAGAUCAUCACAUGUUCAGCUACUCUGCAUUCAUUUGAUGUCAAGAAGUUAGCUGAUCGUAUCAUGCAUUUCCCUACAUGGGUUGACUUGAAAGGACAGGACAGCGUCCCUGAGACGGUCCAUCAUGUGGUCUGCCAUAUUGAUCCUCGCUCUGACAUGACAUGGAAAAAUCUCAAGAAUCCAGUACGAACUGAUGGAAUUCACAAGAAGGAUAAGAUAACAGGACAGACACCAGAGGCCCUUUCUGAAGCUGUCAAGAUGCUCAAAGCUGAAUACCUCAAGAGAGCCAUUGAUGAGCAUAAAAUGGAUACUGCUAUCAUCUUUUGUCGAACAAAGAUAGACUGUGAUAACACUGAACAAUACCUUCUUUCUUACGGUGGAGGAGCCCGUGCCAUGGUCAAUCAGUAUUCUUGUGUAGUUCUUCACGGUGAUAGAUCACCUCAAGAACGAAAGGCGAAUUUGCAAAAGUUCAAGGACAACGAAGUGAGGUUUUUGAUUUGUACUGAUGUUGCUGCAAGAGGAAUUGAUAUUAAAGGAGUACCAUAUGUAAUCAAUGUAACAUUCCCUGAUGAUAAACAGAAUUAUGUCCAUAGGAUUGGUCGAGUAGGCAGGGCUGAACGAAUGGGGUUAGCUAUUUCUUUGAUUUCCGACGUAAAAGAAAAGGUAUGGUACCACGUUUGCUCUAGCCGUGGCAAAGGCUGCUUUAAUACUAGACUAAAAGAACAAGGAGGCUGUGCUAUAUGGUACGAUGAAAUACAGUAUCUUGGCGAUGUAGAGGAACAUCUUGGUGAAAGUAUACCUGUAGUAUCCUCAAACCUUAAAGUCACUGCUAACGAGUUCGAUGGCAAAGUCGUUUAUGGGGAAAAGCGAGGCAAAGGGUCAAGCUUUGAAACGCAUGCAGCCGAGAUGGCUCCUUCUGUGCGCGACUUGGCUAGCCUUGAGCUUCAAGCACAGUCCUCAUUCCUUGGAUUGAAGCAUCGUAAAUGGGCAAACUUUUGAUAUGAUGCCCUAAAAGGAUAUUCUAGGACGAAUAUAGAAAUACAGAAUGAUGAAAUAUAUAAUUUAUACACUACCAAAAGAAGAUUCUGCUUGCAGAGUAUUUAUGAAGCUGUCAAAAAUAAAGGUUUUUUUUUCUCAAAAC